AUGCGAUCCUUCUUCCUCCUCUCCCUUCCAGCUCUGAUCCUUGCCGCCCCACCGUCUUCCCCAAGAAUCACAUCCCUCGUCUUCUCCGGCAGCGGUUGCCCCAAUAAUUCAGGUUCGGUAAAGUCCGACACCGCCUACCUCGGUGACAACGCAGCCGUUUCUUUCAACCAGCUUCGUGGCGAAUCAACAGACAACUGCGCAGUACAUAUCCAAUCGACAGGUGGCAGUCAGGGGUGGCAGGUAGCUGUCAAGGAAAUCACCUACGAGGGCAACGUUGUGUUAAAAGGAGCAAGCGAGCUAGAUACCUUCACGCAGGUGUUUUGGAGUGAGAAUGCGGGAAAUACAGGCGUCCUAACAGGUGGUCUAACUUGUUCUGGCCCAGAAAUCAGGGACUACGUCACCGUGCGAAGCAGUACGGCAGACCUCAAAUGGUCAAAGUGCACAAGUGCAGAUGGAAACCCGGGCAUCUUAAACGUCAACUUCAGGCCGGUCAUACAAGGAGAAUAUGGAUACUAUGACUUCAAGCAUGCCUCUUGGAAGUUGGAGUGGAGGAGAUGCUAG